AUGGAGACGAGAGCUGAUGAUGAUGAGGCGCCAACCGACCCAGCCGCAAGGAAACACACGCAUCAUGACUACACUGAGCAGGACUUCGAAGGUCACCGCGCUCACACCGUAUUCGUCGGAGUGCACGUGCCCGCUCGCCGCCACUCACACCGGAAACACAAACACCACCAUCGCAAUGGAGAGAAGGAAAUUGAUAGACCUGGGCCUCCAAUAAUGGCACGAGUUAGAAGACUGAGCGUCACCGAUGAUGGAGAAACAUUAACACCGCCAGCUCAACGAGUCCAAUUUAUAUUGGGAGAAGAUGUGGAAGAUGCAGCCCUCGAAUCACAUCCAUUGUUUUCUGAAAUGGAAGAACUGGUUAAAGAGGGUGAUGAACUUGAAUGGAAAGAAACCGCUCGAUGGAUUAAAUUUGAAGAAGAUGUCGAAGAAGGUGGAAACCGAUGGUCGAAACCACACGUAGCGACUUUGUCGCUUCAUUCGCUCUUCGAACUGAGAAGUCUGAUUUUAAACGGAUCUGUUAUUUUGGAUUUGGAAGCCAAUUCUUUAGAACAAGUUGCUGAUAGUGUAUUAGAUAAUAUGGUAGCAGAUGGUUCCUUAGGAUAUGACAGUAGAGAAAAGGUUAAAGAUGCUCUAUUACGAAGACAUAGACAUCAACAUGAGAGACGAAAUCACAAUAAUAUGUCCAGACUACCCCUUAUACGAUCACUUGCUGAUAUUGGAAGGAAUCAUUCGUCAUGUAAAAAUUUCCAGGAGGGUGGCUCUCGACGCUCUAGUUCCAGGGGUUGUCGGGGGUCUACCACGUCCCCUCACACAGCCCUUCUAGAAGCAAGCGAUACCAGAGGAUCCUAUCUAGCUGUUCCAGUGGAAGAAGGCGGUUCUGCAGGGGGGCAUUCCCACAAAGGAGAAUUCACUCGUUUCCUAGGCAUCCCUAAUGCGGGUUCUGCUCAUGAUGAAGGUAUGGUAAAGAGUCCAAGUAACUUAUCAAUGCCAAGAAAUCAUAGUUCCAGUGAUCUGCAUAUGAAUGGAGAUAUAAAUCACAAAAGUAAUACCAAUUUUAUGCGAAAAAUACCACCAGGAGCUGAAGCGUCCAACAUUUUAGUUGGCGAAGUAGAUUUUCUUGAAAAAACUCUUUCGGCUUUUGUGAGACUGAAGACUGGAACAAUAAUGGGUGACCUAACAGAAGUACCCGUGCCAACACGUUUUUUGUUCGUAUUACUCGGACCACCAAAUAGUAAUUCUAGUUUUCAUGAGAUAGGAAGAGCAAUGGCAACUCUCAUGUCCGAUGAAAUAUUCCAUGAAGUAGCAUAUCGCGCUAGGAAGAGAGACCAUUUGCUAGCAGGAAUAGAUGAGUUCCUUGAUGCGGUAACUGUAUUGCCGCCUGGUGAAUGGGAUCCGGCUAUUCGUAUUGAACCGCCGGCAGCCAUCCCAUCACAAGAUCCUCGUAAACGUCCCAAUGAUAAUAACCCGAAAGAUGAACCUGAUGAAGAAGAAGAAGAACAAAAACAAAGAGAGGAAUCGGGGCUGGCUAGAACUGGGAGGCUGUUUGGAGGUCUAAUAAAUGACUUGAAAAGGAAAAAACCGUGGUAUUGGUCAGAUUUUAAAGAUGCGUUAGCGCUUCAAUGCAUAGCAUCUUGGAUUUUUCUAUAUUUUGCGUGUUUGUCACCUAUUAUUACAUUUGGAGGAUUAUUAGGUGAAGCUACUGGAAAAAAUAUGGCUGCCAUGGAGUCUUUAAUAUCAGGAUUUGUAUGUGGCAUGGGAUACGGUUUCUUUUCAGGACAACCGUUAACAAUUUUAGGAUCAACAGGUCCCGUGUUAGUUUUUGAAACGAUUGUGUUUGAAUUUUGUAAACAAGCGGGUUGGGAUUAUAUGUCAUUUAGAUUUUGUAUUGGGACAUGGAUUACAAUAAUUCUCGUUAUAUUGGUGGCAAUUGAUGCAAGCGCUCUAGUUUGCUACAUAACCAGAUUCACAGAGGAGAAUUUUGCUACACUGAUAGCAUUUAUAUUCAUUUACAAGGCAGUGGAAAACGUAAUUUCUAUCGGGAAAAAGUAUCCACUAAAGACACGCCCCGACGAAAUUCUCAAUUAUGAGUGCUACUGUUUGCCAAGCAAUUACUCUAGAGUGCCAGACCACUUCGAUUGGACCGCCGUAGACAAAGGGUCUUGUCAGAUUUAUAAUGGAACUUUGGCGGGAGCAGGCUGCGACACGAAAGUUUACGUACCAGAUGUUUAUCUGAUGUCAAUUAUACUAUUUUUGGGUACAUUCAUUAUUUCUGUUAUUUUGAAAGACUUUAAAAACUCUCUCUUCUUUCCUUCUAAGAUCCGACAAGUAAUCAGUGACUUUUCCGUUAUCAUUGCUAUUUUAUCGAUGUCCUUCUUGGACUACAAAGUUGGAGUCAAAACACCUAAACUAGAAGUACCAUCAGAAUUCAAACCCACACUACCGUCAAGAAAUUGGAUAAUUACACCCUUCAACGGCAACCCCCUCUAUUCUGCUUUGGUGGCGAUUUUACCAGCACUUCUCGGCACCAUAUUAAUAUUCAUGGAUCAGCAAAUAACUGCCGUCAUUGUAAACAGAAAAGAGAACAAAUUGAAAAAGGGGUGUGGAUACCAUCUAGAUCUGUUUGUUUUAGCAAUUUUGAUACAAGUUUGCUCUGUUAUGGGACUGCCAUGGUUUGUAGCAGCAACGGUGUUAAGUAUUAAUCAUGUCAAUUCAUUAAAAGUGGAAUCAGAAUGUGCAGCACCAGGUGAAAAACCACAAUUUUUAGGAGUACGAGAACAAAGAGUUACACAUAUUUUGAUAUUUAUGACCAUAGGAUGUUCUGUGGUCCUGACGCCUAUAUUGAGCCACAUACCAAUGCCGGUAUUAUUUGGAGUAUUUUUGUACAUGGGAGCAGCUUCGCUCAAAGGACUGCAAUUUUUUGACAGAAUUUUGAUCAUGUUUAUGCCCCAAAAGUAUCAACCGGACCACAUGUUCCUAAGACAGGUUCCCAUUCGUCGAGUUCACAUCUUCACUGCUAUACAACUAACUUGUUUAGUUUGUCUUUGGGUUAUAAAAUCUUUCUCGAUGACAUCAAUAUUAUUCCCACUGAUGUUAGUUGUGAUGAUCGGUAUCAGGAAAUCUUUAGAUCUUUUUUUCACCAGACGAGAAUUGAAGAUUUUGGAUGACGUAAUGCCAGAGAUGACAAAGAGGAACCAGGAUGAAUUUCGAGAACUUGGAGACGCUGAGGAUGCAACAAAGACAAGCCCGCCUCCAUAUCAAGAGAAUCUCCAAAUUCCACUUAUAAAUGGAAAUAUAAUGAACAUUCCCUUGGCAUCGAUAAACAUAUCAGAGGAAGUCAACAAGACAGGGAUAUGGAAGCAAGUGAAUAAUAGCAAUAAAAGUAAAAAUAAAAACGACUCCAAGGAACACAAACAUAAGCAAGGAAAGAAAAAUAACAAGCACAAGAAAAUAUCAAAAACAACACUAUCUGAGAUCGAAAGAAGAUUAUCAACAAUGGACGAGUUAGAAGAGGAGGAAUCAAAGGUGAACGAACUGCUUCGGCGAAAAGAGUCUUGGAGUGCUAGUAAAAGGAGUGAUUCUAGAAAAAACAGCACUUCGGCUGAAACCUCGGUCUAA